CCUGACAACAAGUCAUGAUUGAAACUUACACCCACUCUCUCUCUCUCUCUUUUGCUUUCUAUAUAAUCUCCUUCCUCCUCUUCCCCUAACCCCAUCUCUCUACAAUUCUACUCUCUAUAACAACAACAAACCUUUGCUUUGCUUUCUUGAAUUCUUGAAACCUUCUUAAUAAACCAGUUCUUGAAACCCACUGCUUACCAAGAAAAUCAAGAAGAUGAUGGUUGAUAAAGAAGAUUUGGGUUUAAGCCUAAGUUUAAGCUUUCCUCAAAAUUAUAAAUCUUUGCAGCUCAAUCUUAUGCCUUCUUCUGCUAAUUCUUCUCCACCUUCUGCUUUUCUUAAUCCUCAAAAACCUUCAUCAUGGAAUGAAACCUUCCCUUCUUCAGAUCCGAACUCUGAUACGUUCCGAGCGGAAACACGAUCAUUCUUGAGAGGAAUUGAUGUGAACAGACUACCAGCUGCGACGGGUGAUUGUGAAGACGAAGCUGGUGUUUCGUCGCCGAAUAGCACGAUAUCGAGUUUAAGUGGUAAUAAAAGAAGUGAACGAGAACCCAUUAAUGGCGAAGAACUUGAUCUUGACAUGGAACGAGCUUCGUCUCGUGGAUUAAGUGAUGAUGAAGAUGGUGAUACUUCAAGAAAGAAACUUAGACUCUCCAAAGAUCAGUCUGCUAUUCUUGAAGAAAGCUUUAAAGAACACAACACUCUCAAUCCAAAGCAAAAGUUGGCAUUGGCUAAGCAGUUGGGUUUGAGAGCGAGACAAGUCGAGGUGUGGUUUCAGAACAGAAGGGCAAGGACUAAGUUGAAGCAGACUGAGGUUGACUGUGAAUUCUUGAAAAGAUGUUGCGAAAAUCUAACGGAAGAAAAUAGACGGUUGCAAAAAGAAGUUCAGGAACUGAGAGCACUGAAACUUUCCCCACAGUUCUACAUGCAAAUGACCCCACCCACCACACUCACCAUGUGCCCCUCAUGUGAGCGUGUUGCGGUCCCACCAACUUCAUCAUCCACCGUCGAUCAUCUAAGGGCCCACCAUAAGAUGGGUAGCGCAUCACAACAUCAUCACCCACACAUCCAUCAGGCCCAUCACCAGAGGCCCAUGCCCAUCAACCAAUGGGCUCUAUCAGCUACACCCAUCACGCAAGUAGGACCGUUCGAUGCCCUACGUCCUCGACCGUAGAUUUAGACAUGUAUAUGAGGGCAUUUUGGACAUUUAAAUAUUUAAUGACCCUACUUUAGAAAAGGUUGUUGGAAUAUGUAGCAUAUUAAGGGAGGCAAGGAAGGAGUUUUCUUGUAUUCAAAGUCUUUAUUUUUAUAUAUAAUUUUAGGUCUAAGAUAUGGUGGUUGUAAGGGUAUGAUUUGGUGGGUCUUCAUGUUUUGUAUUAUUGACCCAUCAAUUUCUCCCCUUUGACAUAUAAUUAGUUUUAAUCUUUUUUUAGUGCUAAUUAAUCCCUUUUCACCCAUCUCGCAAACUUUUUGAGAAGGGAAGAGGAAUUUGAAUGUAUAGUGCAAUCUCUAAUCAAUUAAUUAAUGAAUUUAACUACUAA